AUGCGCGAAGAAUUGAAGAAGUUGAACACCAGCCUACCGAUCAAGAGGACUCUUGUACCCGACCCACAGCAAGCAAACCCUUGGUCGGCGCAACCAGCCCCUGCGAUCAGCCAGUCACCAAACGUCACAAGUGCUCACCCUAACCCCAACAACCUCCCUGCCAAAACGAAAGAAAGCAGGUCGAAGGGUCCCGGUUACCAAGGCAAGAACUUCCUCCCCAAUUACGCCGAACUGAAGGCGACCAACCAACUGCCAAAGCAAUCCGGUAGCGGAAACAACGGACCGUAG